AUGGCUGACUCGAACGACUCACAGAUCAACCAGUUGAGAGAGUCUCUCAACAGAUGGAGCACGAACAGAACCCAGGAACCACAAUCCAUCAAUGAAAGUGCAAAGACAAUGUUUGCAUCCUGGGCGGAUUCCAUAAACGAAAGAGCCUCAGACAUAUACCAAAGAUUGCCAAUGACGAGACAAGACCUAGUAGAAGAUGCCGAACCUUCAUGGUUCACUCUCUCCAGAUCUGAAAGAUUGUUACUCUUCAUAUGUUUCAUUCUGGGUUCGGCAGCAUGUUUCACUCUUUGUGUCUUCUUAUUCCCAGUGCUGGCUAUAAACCCAAGAAAAUUCGCAUUACUAUGGACAAUGGGUUCGCUUCUAUUCGUACUUGCAUUUGGUGUCAUGAUGGGCCCAGUGGCUUAUAUCAAACAUCUAACCUCCAAGGAACGAGUCCCCUUCACACUAUUUUUCUUCUUUAGUUGCCUAUUAACAAUCUAUUUCGCUGCAUUUGCCAAGAGUACAGUACUUACUAUCAUAUCUGCCGUAUUGGAACUUAUCGCUGUAUUAUACUAUGCGGUGUCGUAUUUCCCCAUGGGUGCCGCGGGUCUAAGAAUCAUUAGUACAGUCGGUGUCAAUACCGCCAGAGGUGUAUUAAGAAUAUAG